AGUCUACUGCAUAGUAGUUGUGACCUUCUCCUCCACCGCGCAGCGCAUCCCAACUUUUGUCCAGCCCGUGGAUCGCGAGCCCAGAUGCCCCCACCGCCUCUCCUCCUCGCCGCCGCCGUCGCCGCCGCGGCGCUGCCCCCGCCGGCCGCGGCGAGACGCCACGCCUCGCCCCCGCCGCCGCAGCCGCAGCAUCCGGACAAGGCCGGCGGCGGCAACGGCGUGCUCACCACCGCGCUCGUCGCCGCCGCGGUGCUGCUCGUGGUGCUCCUGCUCUACCUCUGCGUCGCCAUCGCCGUCCGCCGCUACCGCGGGCGGGGCCCGGCCCCGGCCGCGGGGCCGACCAACGCGGCCGCCCGCGCCGCGGCGUUCCUUCGCCGGAACGGGCUCCACCAGCAUCGCCCCUCGUUCACCUACGAGCAGCUCCGCGCCGCCACCGCUGGGUUCGAUCCAAGCCGCAAGCUCGGGGAUGGCGGGUUUGGGACGGUGUUCCUCGCCUACCUCCCGCCCGGCGGCCGCCCCGCCGCCGUCAAGCGCCUCCACGUCCCGCCGUCGCCGUCGCCGUCGUUCCCCUCCGCAUCCGCCACCAUCACCAAGUCGUUCUGCAACGAGGUGCUCAUCCUCUCGGCGCUGCGCCACCCGCACCUCGUCCGCCUCCACGGCUUCUGCGCCGACCCGCGCGCUCUGCUCCUCGUCUACGACUUCGUCCCCAACGGGACCCUCUCCCACCACCUCCACCGCCGAUGCGGCGUCACCGCGGCGGCGCCCCCGCCGCCACCGCUCCCCUGGCGGACGCGCCUCGCCAUGGCGGUCCAGAUCGCGUCGGCGCUCGAGUACCUCCAUUUCGGGGUGAAGCCCGCCGUCGUGCACCGCGACGUCACCUCGUCGAACAUCUUCGUGGAGGCCGACAUGCGCGCCCGCCUCGGCGACUUCGGGCUCUCGCGCCUCCUGUCCCCGCCGGACGCAUGCGCCACGGGGGCCGGGAGGGAGCUGGUGUGCUGCACGGCGCCGCAGGGCACGCCGGGGUACCUCGACCCGGACUACCACCGGUCGUUCCAGCUGACGGAGAAGAGCGACGUGUACAGCUUCGGCGUGGUGGUGCUGGAGCUCGUCACCGGGCUGCGGCCGGUGGACGUGGGCAGGGAGCGGAGGGACGUGACGCUGGCGGACUGGGUGGUGGCCAAGAUUCAGGUGGGCGAGCUGCGGGAGGUGGUGGACCAGCCGGUGCUCGGCGAGGGCGCCGGCGUGAUGGCCAGCGUGGAGGCGGUGGCGGAGCUGGCGUUCCGGUGCGUGGCGCCGGACAAGGACGACCGGCCCGACGCCCGGGAGGCGCUGGCCGAGCUGAGGAGGAUCCAGGGCAUGCUUCCCGAGGUGUCCGGCCUCAAGGGAUCUUGAAUUGGAAGCUUCUGAAGCUUCUCAAUUCUGAUCCUCCAUGGCUAUGGCUGUGUGGUGGUUCCAGUGCUAACCUGUCGCCUCAUCAAGAAUUGGUAAGAGGUGUACAAUGUCAAAUGCCAAUGUGAUAAUGGAAGAACCAAAGUAAUUUGUUGCAUAUAGUUUACCUGGCUUCUGAUACAAAUAGGGUGUAUCCUUAUGUAUGUGAAAUUCAAGUUCGAAUCGGGUAUAUUGAAUCAUUUUGAUUGAGUUGAGAUCAUUACCCGGGGUUGGCCUAUGAGUUGAAGGAAAAAUGAGUAUGUUACAAUCGAGUUUAUUA